UGUUUUUAGUGAAACGCCAACUCGAUUCACGUUCGGAACGUUUUCGAGUUUGAAAACACAAAUUUCGCGAUAAAAUAACAAAAAAACAUUAAAAAUAAAACGAGAAUUGAGAUUAAAAUUAGAUUAAAUUGAGGUUAAGUGAAGUGAUUUUCGAAAAAAAAAAUUAUAAUAAAUAAUAUAUAUAAAUAAGUGUUGGUGAAGUGAAUAUUCGAUUUUGGAUUAAAUAAAGUGAAGUUAUAAAGUUGAGUUUUUCGCACUCUUAUUCAAAAAAAAAAAAAACAGUGAAAGUGAAAAUCAUUUUUCACCUAGUGACAUAAUUUGAGUUUUUUUUUAUUAUUUUAUUAUUUAUUAUCAAAGUGGGUACUGAAAAACAAACCGAAAACGACUUUAAAACACGUUUAAUGUUGGAAUCGGCGAAUAAUUUGCGAUUAUUCGCGUUGGGGGCUCAUUUGGCAGCCCCACGGGGGCAGCCGCCUUGGUGCGGUGUUGCCCCACAAUUAUUACAAUUUCCGGGGGCUGCAACUUUACUUGGGAUGCCAUCAUCAGGCGCAAUUUUCGGACCCCUAGGUAGACCUAGAUAUCCAACGGCAUUGGCAGCCCCCGGACGACCUCCUAUGGGUUCCGUCGGCGGCGGAGGACCACAAAGUGAAGAUUCCGGAAGUGAAUCUCAUCAGGGUAAAGGUGGAGCUGGAAGUGGUGGUGAAGGUGCCGAUUCAGAAAGUGCAGCGUCAAAACGGCGAAGAAGUCGAACGAAUUUUAAUAGUUGGCAACUUGAAGAGUUAGAAAGAGCUUUCUUGGCGAGUCAUUAUCCAGAUGUUUUUAUGCGAGAAGCUUUGGCGAUGAGAUUGGACCUGAAAGAAAGCAGAGUGGCCGUUUGGUUCCAAAAUCGUCGUGCAAAGUGGCGCAAAAAAGAACACACAAAAAAAGGCCCUGGAAGACCCGCACACAAUGCCCAUCCACAAUCAUGUUCCGGCGAACCAAUUCCACCGGCUGAAUUAAGAGCUAGAGAAAGAGCAAGAAGAAGAAAGAAGUUACAAAAAGCUUUAGAACGUCAAGCUCGAAAAUUGAGAGCGAAAGGAAUCGCCGUCGAUUUGGUCGCAUUAAAAAGAGAAUAUUUAACGCAAAGAGGAGCCGAAUUAGAUUCCGAUUCUGAUAUAGACGUCGUUGGUGAUUCAGGUGCUGAAAGUGAAAAUUUAAGCACAACGAGUCGAGAUUUUUAUGGAAACACUGAAAAUGGAUCGGAAUUAACGUUAACUUCCGGUGAAACGUCAGAAGAAAAAAUAAAAAGACCGAAUCCUUUUAGUAUAGAAUCUUUGUUAAAUAAUACUUAGUUUAGAAUUUGGAUUUCUUUAUUUUUAAUUUUUAAUUUAAAUAAAAGUUGUUUUUUGAUGACGAUGAUGAAGAAAAAAAAAUUUGGAAAAAUAAAUGGAACUGUGCAAUAAAUAAUUAAGAUAAGUUUUUUAGAUUUAAAAAUAAAAACAAAUUUCGAAACAAAAAAAAAAUAAAAAACAUCUUGUAAAUAAUUUUGAAAAUAAUUUAAAAAAUAAACAUAUCUCGAAAAAAAUUGUAAAUAGGAUAAAAGAAAACCGAAAAUUUUUAAUUUAUUGAAGAAAAAAGAAUAAAUCUCGAAAACAACGAGUUUUUAAUAAUUUAAUUUUAAAAACGUCGCAUCGUGUUAUAAACAUUGAAAACUUUAAUUUGUGAAAAGAAAAAAUUGAGACAGCAAUAUCGAUUUUAAAUUUACAUACGAAAAUGAACGAAAAUAAUGAACAAGAAAACGGAAAAUAGACGACAAAAAACCGGAAGUAAUUGUAAUAUAAUAAACUGAUUUAAAUUAUGAAAUAUAUUAUACUUAUUUAUUCGAUUAAGAA